ACUUGAUUAUGACCACUUUCUAUAAGUACCCUUGGAAAUGUACUGGUCCCCGCGGCACGAUGGCAGCGCAAUGCUAAUAUUAGUGAUCUCAUCAGUGAUUCUUCCCUACGGGAAUUGUUUUUGUCAUGUCAUUCACUACUCAGCGCUCAGCACGCUAAUCUGAAUUCAUCUAUAAUUUCUGCGCUUCAUUCGCGAUCUCUCCCAAACUAGCCGUGCGCUCACCAUCAUGUCAACUCAACAAGCUGUGUGGCUUCCUGGUAUUGGACAGGAUUUCUCCGUUGGUCCUAGGGAGAUCGACGCACCUGGCCCCGGCGAACUUCUCGUCAAGAUCAUUUCGAGUAGUCUCAAUCCUUUGGACUGGAAAAUCCAAGAAACAGGAUUCUUUUUCAUCAAGUCUUACCCGGCAGUCAUCGGUGAAGAGGCUGCUGGCACUGUGGAAGCUGUUGGUGAGGGUGUCACUGAUUUCAAGGAAGGGGAUAGGGUAUUUUUCCAAGCGAACAUGGGUAGCAACGAGUUUGCCACCUUCCAACAGUACUGUAUCGUAGUUGCUGACUUGGCUGCAAAGAUUCCGGAGAACAAGACUUUCGAUCAAGCGGCUUCUGUGCAGAUUGGCAUCAUCCCCUUCGCUGUUGCCUUGUAUGCACAACAGCCUCAAGGACUGGCUCACCUUGCGCCGUGGAUAGAAGGUGGGAAUGGCAAGUAUACUGGACAGCCUAUCGUAAUCAUGGGCGGUGCAUCAUCCGUCGGGCAGUACUCCAUCCAGCUUGCUAGGCUCUCUGGAUUUUCCCCUAUCAUUACCACAGCUUCCUUGCACAACGCUGAACUCCUUUCCUCGCUCGGCGCCACGCAUGUACUCGAUCGUAAGCUCUCCACUACUGCGUUGAAAGACGCAAUUGUCAAGAUCACAUCGAUUCCUAUUACUUUGGUCUUUGACGCGAUCUCUCUUCCUGGCACACAGCAAACCGCCCAUGACAUCCUUACUACUGGAGGAACGAAAAGCGAGGAUAAAGUUCUUCACCCAGUGUUUGGCAGCUUCCAUGAACCUCCCAACCGCGAGCUGGGUAAGAGCUUCAUGCCCGUGUUAACUCAGUGGCUCGCCGAUGGGACAAUCAAACCAAACUUUGUUGAAGUCGUCCCAGGCGGGCUGAAUGGUGUGUCUUCUGGUUUGCAGAGACUGAAGAAUAACCUCGUCAGCGGCAAGAAACUCGUUGUUCGCCCUUGGGAGACUGCGUGAAGACCACAGACCAAGAGAGGGAUUCGAAAGUACAAGGUUCAUUCGACGUAUAUGUUAUUAACGACUCAAAUACUAUGUGCGCAACAAAGGAAAUGGAGACUACAAACACGUACAAUAGCCUGAAAUCGAUGCGUAGGCUCUCACGUUAGUAGAGGGGAAGUUGCUCUAAGUUGCUUCGAAUCUUCUCCUUGAGGAUGA